AUGUACAAACUGGAUUUAGAGCAUGGCGGCUGCCAUUUUUUCACUCGAAGACGUGGCACGAACGAGUAUGGAGAGAGAAUGGAUAAUCGAGAUGCUAAAAAUGGUUUUUGGAAGUGCACUGGAGGUGAUAUCUCUGUGAUGGAUGCAGCUGGUCAGACUGUUGCUUAUAAGCAAACUUUUGCUUUCCAGGAAAGAAAUUCUCCAACCAGUUUUGAUUUUCACAGUACUAACUGGACUAUGGAUGAAUUUAGAUUGAGUGCUCCACAUGCUGGUGAGGAUGGUACAGGGUUGGAAUUGGUUGCUUGUAGAGUUUUUAAGGCUCGGUUUGAAGACCAUGGAUACUUCCCAAAUUGGAAUACUGAUCCUGAAAGUGAUUCUGAUCCAACACUACCCGAUCCCGUGAACAGUGAUACUAAUUCUGAGCCUCCAGCUGUGUCUGAAUCGAAUUCAAGUGGAACGUCAAGUAGUGAUAGUGCUAAUGGAGGUGGUUAA